UGGUCACUAGUUUCGUACGGCCCUUUCACAGAGCGUGCAAUUUUGUUUUUCUCUUUCCUCUCUUAUUUUUCCUUUUUCUUUUUUUUUUCCAUUUCUUUUAGUUGAUUUCGAACCCUAAGCUAAAGGGAAAAUAGACGUCUUUUCUCGGGAAACAAAACAGAUAAACAGUGAGGGGAAAAAAAGAUGCAGAACCAGAGGCUGAAACAGCAACAACAACAAGCAAUGAUGCAGCAAGCGAUGAUGCAACAGCAGCAUCACUCUCUCUAUCAUCCUAGUCUUAUGGCUCCUCCUCCUCCUCCUCCUCAGAUGGAGCCUUUGCCAAGUGGAAACCUUCCUCCUGGUUUUGAUCCCAGCACUUGCCGUAGUGUGUAUGCAGGCAACAUCCAUACGCAGGUCACUGAGGUUCUUCUUCAAGAGAUUUUUGCUAGCACCGGCCCUGUUGAAAGCUGUAAGCUCAUCAGAAAGGAUAAGUCUUCAUAUGGAUUUGUUCACUACUUUGAUCGGAGAUCUGCUGGUUUGGCUAUCAUGUCUCUUAACGGAAGGCAUCUGUUUGGACAGCCUAUCAAAGUUAAUUGGGCGUAUGCCACCGGUCAAAGGGAAGAUACAUCAAGCCAUUUCAACAUUUUUGUUGGAGAUCUCAGUCCAGAGGUCACUGAUGCAGCACUGUUUGAGAGCUUUUCUGCCUUCAACACUUGCUCCGAUGCAAGAGUGAUGUGGGAUCAGAAAACUGGACGCUCGAGAGGCUUUGGGUUUGUUUCCUUCCGCAAUCAGCAGGAUGCUCAAACUGCCAUAAAUGAGAUGAAUGGUAAAUGGAUAAGUAGCAGACAAAUCAGAUGCAACUGGGCGACAAAAGGUGCUACUUUUGGUGAGGACAAACAUAGCUCUGAUGGAAAAAGUGUCGUUGAACUUACAAACGGCUCAGAGGACGGUAGAGAGAUCUCAAUCUCAAACGAAGAAGCUCCUGAAAACAAUCCUCAGUAUACCACUGUCUAUGUAGGAAACCUCGCUCCAGAAGUAACUCAGCUUGAUCUACACCGUCUGUUCCAUACACUUGGCGCUGGAGUGAUUGAGGAGGUCCGUGUCCAGCGAGACAAGGGCUUUGGUUUUGUGAGAUAUAACACUCACGACGAGGCUGCUCUUGCUAUUCAAAUGGGCAACUCUCAGCCUUUCCUCUUUAGCAGACCCAUAAAGUGCUCAUGGGGAAACAAACCAACUCCAACAGGAACACCCUCAAACCCACUUCCCCCACCAGCGCCGGUUCCAGUCCCUGGUUUAUCCCCAAUGGACCUGUUGGCCUAUGAGAGGCAACUGGCUCUAGCCAAGAUGCAUCCUCAGGCUCAGCAUUCUCUAAGGCAUGUAAAUGCAGCUGGAGCAAGUGCAGCUAUGUACGAUGGUGGGUUUCAGAAUGUAGCUGCGGCGCAUCAGCAGCUCAUGUACUAUCAGUAAUAAACUCACUCUGGUCUCUUGGAUUUGAGAUGCUUUUUUCUUCUUUUUUUUCUACUUAAUUUAUCACUUUCUUGCUUUUUUUUCUAGACCUUGGUCAGAGUCUUAUGUAUGUGUGUCUCCUCUCGUUUGAAGUCAUUGAUUCUAUAUGUAUGCUUAGUUUGUAACCUAUGUGUGUACGUGGUUUGCAAGCCAAGCAAUAAAAAUGACAUGUAAUAAAAAGGAUGUUUGUUUGGGUUCCAAAUGUGCUGGGGUCUAGACAUGGUGUUUGAGAGAGUAGUAUUGUAUUGUGGUUCUGUAAUAGUAUACUUAAUCAAAGUAUUUUUGUCGCUUA